GUUACGUCAUACGCCUGAGACCGUAUUCACGACACUCGAUGACUUCCGCAAUUGCUGCGGUUGAAAACAAACCGUAGAGACGGCAUCACCGAAUAAAUAAGACUCCCCACAACAAACACCCGGUCCGUCAUGGAAUGGAGAGCCCGAAUCGGGUGAAUGACUUCUGGGAAGGGAGCGAGACACAGGGGAUCAGCGCGUGCGGGUGGACACACCUGCGCUCAGGUGACUGACGGAACUGGUCGCGGUCCAUUGUACCGGCUGCGCUCUCUCAUCCGAACCCUCUGCCGGAUCCCGUGUUCCCUGCUGUGGGCUCUCCUCUUGCUCCUCUCUCGGCUGUACCGACCCUUCCGCCGGACCAUGGCGGCCAGAGCCAAAGAUGUCGGGUCCGAGAGCUGUGAUGACACGGGAGAACAGAUCCGAAACUAUCACAAACAAGCGUUUGAGUUCAUUUCUGUGGCCUUACAGAUCGACGAGGAUGAUAAAGGUAAUAAGGAUCAAGCAGUGCAGGGGUACAGAAAAGGCAUCGCUGAGCUGGAGAAGGGCAUCUGUAUUCAGGUCACUGGAACUGGUGAGAAGGCAGACAGGUCGAGACGUCUUCAGGACAAGAUGACCAACAACCUGAAAAUGGCCGAAGACCGUUUGAAGCUUCUGGCCAAACUGCAGUCUCCGGCAGAGGGCUACUCCGAUCCCACUUUUCUUCCGCUCUCCAACGGGAAUCUGCGGCCAGGCAGUGGGGCUGUUUCUAAAAAGAAAGACACCAUCCCCAGUCAAUCCCAUCCGCGGCCUAAAAACCCACCCAAAUCCUCCAACAUUGCUCCUGCUGCUGCCAUGCACCGUAAACCUUCAACAUGUCAGACCGGCCCACAUAACAACCAGAAGGGUCUCUCUACAAGAGGAGGUAACAGACCUAACAACAAACCCAGCAACGCCGCUGCAGCGUCACCUCAGAAGAAACGAGACAUGAAGAACUUAAAAAAUGUGGACAGCAAGCUGGCUAACUUAAUUCUUAAUGAGAUAAUGCAAAGCGGCUCUUCAGUGGGUUUCGAUGAUAUAGCAGGACAGCAAUUGGCCAAACAGGCCCUGCAGGAGAUCGUGAUACUGCCUGCUAUACGUCCAGAGCUGUUCACAGGUCUAAGGGCUCCUGCAAGAGGCCUCCUUCUCUUCGGGCCCCCUGGCAAUGGGAAGACCAUGCUGGCUAAAGCAGUUGCAAUGGAAUCCAAUGCCACUUUUUUCAACAUCAGCGCUGCAAGUCUGACCUCCAAAUAUGUGGGAGAGGGUGAGAAACUGGUUCGGGCUCUAUUUGCUGUUGCUAGGGAACUACAGCCUUCAAUCAUCUUCAUAGAUGAGAUCGACAGUUUGCUGUGCGAGAGGAGAGAGGGAGAGCACGACGCCAGCAGAAGACUCAAAACCGAGUUUCUCCUCGAGUUUGAUGGAGUGCAGUCAGCCGGUGAUGAUCGUGUGUUAGUUAUGGGAGCCACUAACAGACCUCAGGAACUUGAUGAGGCUGUGCUCAGGCGAUUCGCUAAGCGCAUUUAUGUGGCUUUACCUAUAGAGGAGACUCGCUUGAAGCUGCUCAAGAACCUCCUGAGUAAACAUGGAAACCCAUUAAAUCAGAAAGAGCUCAGCCAGUUAGCCAAGUUGACUGAAGGUUACUCCGGCAGUGAUCUGACCUCACUGGCCAAAGAUGCGGCUCUGGGCCCCAUACGAGAACUGAGGCCUGAACAAGUCAGGAACAUGUCGGCGAAUGAGAUGAGGAACAUCCGAUACUCGGAUUUUAUCGAUUCUCUGAAGAGGAUAAAGCACAGUGUCAGUCCUCAGACACUGGAUCUAUAUGUCCGCUGGAACAGAGAGUAUGGAGACACAACUGUCGUAUGACAUCAUAAACUUUGACCCCACAGUCCCCAGCACUAAAGACAGAAUAAACAAAUUGCGGUCGGAGUUUCUAUUAUUUUAGCUUUUCUACCAUGACUACAGGAAACUCAGGGUGUGAUCAUACAUGGACUGUUUUGAUUGCUUUACACCCUCAUCUUGAGACAAUUUGUACAGCAAAGCAACCAUUUGAGAUGCUUGCCUGCAUUUGUCACAUUAAAGUAUUUUUCUAAGUCAGAGGUCUUUCAGAAAAAUUUUACAUGCUAGUUCAUAAAUCUGACCUAUGAAGCACUUGUGAACUAACCUCUUUAGUGUUUGUGUGUUAGAUGCGUUUGUUUGUUAUAGGCCGAUUCGUGUGUUUUACGCAAUGUAACUUAAGAAUCUGGGACAAGAAAUGAUGUCACACAAGGCUUGUAUUCCUCAUACAUACAGUUGUCAUCUUGCCGAUUUACUCCACCAACACUUUUCUUAUGAGUUUGAGUUGUAUUGUUUGAUCUUUAAAUAUGGUUAUUAUGUACUAUAAUAUAAUUAAAUGUUUGUAGAUGCA